GUGCAGGAGCUGCUGAACUGGCGCCUGCUUUCACGACGCACCAGAAGCCCUGAGGUGUUGAUACAGCACGUGGCCGAGAUGGGCAGCAUGGACAGGCCAGAAGCAAUUGUCGCUUUCGCGGAAAAGGUGACCAUGUUCUGCCACAAUCCGGAGACAUCAUUCGCGGCAGCCUUAAGAGGCGAUGACGAGACGCAGAAGCUCUACGAGUCCGCGUUUGGAGGCGAUGCCAAGCAGCAGAAGCUCUAUGAGUGUCGGUCGUGGUGUAUGGCCCUGGCGGCCAAUGAUCGAGUCCAUUUUGCCGAAAUCGACGUUCGCCGCAUUGUCGGCAACAACCUCGAAUCUUUGCUGUGGCACUGCCGAAGUGCGGAUGCGUCCGUUGCCAACGCCGCCGACCUCCUUGUUUACAACUACGCUUCUAAUGCCAUUUCUUUCGUGCAGCAGUCAAUUGCAGAGGCCACUCUCGCCCUGAUGGAGGACUCGGUCAAGUCCAACAUACCCACGAACUUGAAGCAAAUUGCCAGAUACAGCAGAACGCUUACGAANNNGCUGAUGGACCAUUACGUGUCCACAACGCAUGUGAUCAGCGAGCUGAAGAUGCUGUGGCUGGCUGACGACGAUCCAAAGCGAACCUACGCAGAAGCGGAGCAGCAACUGUGGAUG